UCAGUUGUUACAGUUCAUGUUCGCACGUUCCAUCAGUCAAUGACGACUCAUCGCAAGACUAUGUAUACCUUAGAAUGUGUUUUACUAUCAUAUGUUUUAUAUUGCAAAAAUGAUAGUUGUCAAAGUUUUUGAUGUUUUAGUGUUCGUCAUUUGGGCCUAGUGAUCAAUAAGAAUUUACAGCGCGUUCAUUAUACGUUAAUCAUCAGAUCCGGUAUGACCGAAAUCAUCUUGUGUCAUUACUUCGUCGGAUUUUAAUCAAACUGUACGGAGUAACCUAUCCCUUAUGGUUAACGUGAUCUGGAACUUCAUCGCUUAAUAAAAUAGGUUACGGACACGUAAUCUUCUGGGAACGUUGACAGGAAGAAUAGUGGUACCUCUCACUAGCACCUAUCUGUGACAUCAUUUGAUCUUGAAAUAUAGGACUUUGACAAGAAUCAAAAUAGUUCUUUGAGCAGUUAUUGUUACAGAGAGUUCACAGCGUGGAGUGAACAUUGCUACUUUAUGGUCAAGAUGAAUAAAAAACCGAAUAGUGCAACUGCUAGAUUAAAACAGGAUUAUUUGCGGCUUAAAAAAGAUCCUGUACCUUAUGUUCUUGCCGAGCCAGUUCCUUCCAACAUUUUAGAAUGGCAUUAUGUAGUUAAAGGACCAGAGAGCACUCCGUAUGAAGGUGGAUUUUAUCAUGGUAAACUAGUGUUUCCUGGACAAUUUCCAUUUCAACCACCCAGUAUAUACAUGAUCACUCCAAAUGGUCGGUUCCAAGUAAACACCAGGCUCUGUCUAUCCAUUUCGGAUUUUCAUCCAGAUACCUGGAAUCCAGCUUGGAGCGUUUCAACAAUCCUUACUGGAUUGCUCAGUUUCAUGAUUGAAAAGAGUCCAACUCUUGGCAGCAUCAGCACUACAGACUAUGAGAAGAGGCAACUUGCAGCCCAGAGUUUGGAAUACAAUCUUAAAGACAAGAUGUUUUGUGAACUCUUUCCAGAAACAGUUUUGGCCAUCAAGGCAGAAGUGGAGCAUCGAAGAGAACUUGAAAAACAGGCAAGGCAUCAGACUACAACAUCUGAAGUUUCUUCCUUGAUACGAGACCAAUUCCAAAGAGAUCAGAGUCCCCUGCACAGUGCCCUCACCAACCUAGUCGUGAUAAUUGGCUUCGCAGCCUUUGCAUACACUGUCAAAUACGUACUAAGAAGCAUCGCCAUGGAAUAGAUAGAACGAGUUAGCAUUCGAUCUUGAAUAGUUUUUUACUCUUAAAAGAAGAAGGAAAACAAGAAGGAGGAACCUAAUCCUUAUCAAUUGAUUACAUGGUUAAACGACGGGUUGAUAAUUGCUGAUUAAUGACUAGAUUACUAGUUGAAUGAAUCAUUAUUCUUUCUAUAUGCCGGUUUCACCAUGUACGGUAGAUACAUAAAAGUCUCCGAUCUAUCAUCUUUAAAUUUUCAAUAGUAUACAUUAAAGUUUAUUAUUAUACUAAAUAGAUUUUGAUAUCGAGAUGAAAAUAGGUUAUACGAAAAAUUGUCGUGCAUUCUUUAGGGAAAUAUUUAAUUCUACACGCUCCGUAGAAUUAAUUACGGUUUAUAAUACAUUAUAUAGAAGUAAUUUCCAAUGCGCAGACUCUAUUAACCGAAUACUACGAGUAGAUAUGUAAAAAUGGAGAUGAUCAAUGUCAUUUGCAGCCGAAGGUAAAAAAAAUCGCAGUGGCUUCCUGUAUUAUUUUAUAAAAAGAAAUAGCUUCCAAAAUUUCUUUUUUUAUAGUAGCGAAAUUGAAAUUGUAUACACGACACACGUAUGUGCAUAGGUGCGUUAAGAAAUUUCUAUUCAGAUGCUUCAAACAAAUGGUUGGAUUUAUUGUCAUCCGUAUUAAAAGUUGCAGAUAUUAUGUGGAUAUUCCGCUUUAGAAAAAUAAGUAAUAUCCAUUACAUUUUUAUCUUAAAUUUUCCGAUGAAUGGUGUGUACUGGGUGACAGUAAAAGUGAGUAUAACAGAUAGCUCUUUUUUGUCUUGAAAUGAUGAAUAGUACUUUAGUACUUGGUACUUAGUACUUAAAUAAUAAAUAGCGCUUUAGUACUAUUUGAAUAUGCAAAGUUGAAGUAGAUUGAAGUGUAAAUAAACGAUGGAACAGAAAAAUACAAAUAUCAUAACUCAUAAAGAACGCCAAAUUUGAAAUAAUUUGUCGAGCAAAUAUUUCGAUAUCGUCGCUGUGAUUAAAAAAAAAAGAUAUGAAUAUUUUUUCAUCCUGAGUAUCUCGUAGCAAAUCUUUUUCUUCUACUUAUAAUAUUGUAAUUGUAUUCUUUUUAAUAUUUAAACAAACAGGUAACGUCGUUAUAGCAUAGAUGAUCUACUAAUAAGAAAUUUUCCUUUUCCUCUCUCAUGAAUUUCUUCCAUUUAGUGUCCCGAGUUAUAAAUAAAAUGUAAUUUCACAUUUGUGAUCACACAGUCAUUUGACAUUACGUCAACGUCCAAUGAGUUUCCAUCGUUGUUCGCUGUUCUACUAAUAAUUUAUUUAUACGAGAUCGAUUUGGUAGCAGCUUCCUAUCGUAAUCCCCGAAAUAAAAAAAAAUACAAAAUGUCAAACCUAUGCUGCAUAUAACCGGCAUCCAAAGGCUGUACAAAAGUGUCGACCUCUGUGUAAAUUUUUCCAAUUUAAAGAGCGCCUCAGCGACACAAUUCCUGGAUAUAUUUUCACGCAACCAUAAAUCAUUUCGCGCCCUACUUGUAAAUGGGAGACGUAAUGAAUAAUACAUUAUAGAGGUUAGCGGAUUAUGUGAAUAAGGUGUAUGUUAGUCUACGCCAUAAACCUAUGAAAUACAUUGAUUUGGUUAAGAAAUCGCACAAUGAACGACACGUCUACUUGGUAAGCCAGAAUGAAAAUGAUCUAUUUAAAAAAAAAUAGAAAUACAUAUCACUAGAUACAUUGUACUACAAAUGGUAAAAAAAUACGAACUAAUAUUAGCACAACUAAUAACUAAUACCUAUAGCCUAAUACAAAACAUAGAACCGAUCAGUUCUAAAAAAAACGUAAGAAGUGACAGUGACUAUUCUCAUUGCGGCAUUCACGAUCCAUGAUUUACCGAGUCUCCGAUAAACCUUAGAAUUCCCAGUGAAUGCCGCGUUGUCCGUGUUCGUUCGCGAGGAAGAAGGCAUCCUGUAAACGGUCAGCAUCAGCCGUGUUUGAGCCAGCAUCUCAUCCAGAAAUAGGUGGACCCACCUUGAGAAUUUUCAAUCGGACCACUUCCUGAAGUUUGGCUGCAGAAGGAAAACGACAAAGUUAAAUCCAACGAAAGAAAUUAAACCAAAUAUUAAUUUCCUAACCCAGUCUGGCACAGAAAAUUGUGAAGAGAGGAUGCUAGGGAAAAAAUAUUUUCUCUACCUCGCUCUGUUCAUACAUUUAACUUUGAAUUUAUCGUGUUGGCAGUGACUUCGGAAUAUUCUACAGGCAGCAUGUGUCACGCAAGAACGAUUCCAUCCAGGAUCCGUGUAAUCCGUAAAAACAUCCCGCAAAAGAAGCAAACAGCAAUUUAUCCGACCGCGAAAUAACAAGGAAGUGAUGGCAGCAGAGAUCCUGGAAUUAUAGAGUAUGCAGUAGGCGGGUACUAUGAGCUACCCUUCGUGUCCUGAGCACGCCCAUGGGAUAUUCAUCAUCCCCCAUAGAAGGCGCCAGGACAUCUCCGUCUCGGGUGAGAUCCUGCGCAAAUAAGAUCCACAUGUCUGCGGCAGGAUGCUGGGAAUCGGAUUUACGAGUCUCACCGAAUUAUUCUCAUAUUCGACGUAUUAUCGUAUACAUUGAAUUUUACUCGACUGCACGAAUUAAUUACGGCCCUGAGAUCAAAGAGUACCGAGAAUAUGUACUACUAUAUUUUACGUGGAUAGUACGUACCGUUUCCUUCGAGUAAUUCAUACUACGCUCGUUUACCAUGAGUAAGAGGUCCAUGAGUAUAUCUCACUAUAGGUACAACCCCAUGGUACACGCUCAGGACCAAGGAGAAGUCAACUGGGUGUCCAAUGUCCAUACUACCGGAAGUUCAUAUGUACCACGGCGUUAUGGGGUACCCAUUGGAAUUCUUCAUAGAGGCAAUUUAAAAAGUCAUCAAUCCCUGGAAUAGUUCAAGGAAUCGCUUUACAUCCCGUUUCCUGGCGCGAGAUGAGAGGAGUCAGUCAAGCUAGUCAUGGGGAUCCUAACCCCCUUCCAGCUACCCUAUAUAACCAAGGCACCCUAAACAGUCCCUCUCAGAUAAUUAACCAAGGGAGAGUACCUCAUUACGCUUCUUAAUGAGCUGUCGAAGUUGACCCCAGAGUCCUUCCUGGAUUCCAUCAACGAUUGGAAAUACAAAGAUGUAGAAGGCAGCAUCCCAGUACCAAGAUCAUCUCCAGGAGGAUGAAUUCUCAUAAGUUGACAAAGCUUAUGGCACCUCUCAUUGCUCGUGUGCUAUAGGUGUAGCCUGGAAAAGAGGAAUCGGUGAGAAAAAGGAACGCUGGGAGAAAGGGGUGCGAGGGAGAACCGUAGGAAGAAAAAAAAGAAGAAAACCUGGGGGGAAACCCGGUAUUCUAUUUCGAUCUUGCCGUCACAACCGCGCGGAUAAACGGCGGAGCCUGGAUAGCCACGAAAUACGAUCCAUUAGGAUCUAUGAAGCCAGUCCCAACAUCUCAACUAUACACGUGGAAUGGACCAUUGCUGAGACAACAUCUACGUGACAAGAAUUACCAUUAUUUAAGUAAUAAGUGACUCUAGAUCAUCUAACCACGUGCUUCGAAUGAUCGUUCGAUCAUUAGAUCUUCGGAUCAGUUAAGAUGAGUGACGAGAUUAUCGAUCAGGGCAUAUUUUUAUCUCGUCAAUGACGUAUGAACUAUGGGUAUCUAAUCUAUUAGAAAUUAUCUCAGGCUGUAGGAAUCAAAUGAUACUUAUCGUUGAUCCUCGUGCGAUGAAAAGACACAUGAUCUCUUUAAUUGAAAUGAUCAUUCUGUGCUAUCUUUAGUCCGGGGAAACUUUCUCAAAUUUCUUGGUGCACCACUGUUCUCCCCGUUGCCACCAGAGACUGUUUUAUGACUCGAAACCGUCAGACUUUUUUCCGACUAGCUUGCGCUUCUCUUGACGUUUCUGUACCAAGAUUUAGAUGAAGGUUUUUAAGAGACGCGCGGAUUGUCUGUGAUGAUUUUAUUUAUCUCUUCAAUCUUUUCUAGCCGUUUAUGUUAUUUCUGUAUUCUCUUCGACUAUAUGGUCUUCUUCUCUUUAUGUUAGUUUAUAAUAGACUGAAUGCAGCUUCGCAUCGUUGUUAUUAGUUGUAUCAUUUACAGCGCUUAUUAUAGUCAUUAAUGGUGUGCAUUGCUUGAUACGUAUAUACAUAUACAAUUCAAGGAGAAAAAGUCAUAAUGCGUGCCGACGAGCUAUUAACGAUUAUUGCGUCUGGCAGUGCAGCUACUGACGAUCGCAAAAAAUUCCGGAUGACACGUAAAGUCCCUUUACACGAGUGCGACGGUAUUUAUUUAUUUUUAUGAGCGACUAUUUAUAUUUCUCAAAACUUGAAAUUCAGCAUUACACAUUUGUCAAGAUUACAAAUGGAUAUGAUUGUAAA